GGGAUCUCGGCAGCACCUGGCGCCCCAGGCUCCCAGCCCCGACGCCUCCUGCAGCUCCUGGAGCCACACAGGGAUCGGGAGCCUGGGGGAAGAGCGGUGCGGGAGCCGGCACCCACCGCUGGAGGGGCGGCGACGGCGGCCGUAGCGACCUUGGGAGGCAAGCCGAGCCGCCAUGGCCGAGUUCCCGUCGAAAGUUAGCACGCGGACCAGCAGUCCUGCGCAGGGCGCCGAAGCCUCGGUGUCGGCGCUGCGCCCGGACCUGGGCUUCGUGCGCUCCCGCCUCGGGGCGCUCAUGCUGCUGCAGCUGGUGCUGGGGCUGCUGGUGUGGGCGCUGAUUGCGGACACCCCGUACCACCUGUAUCCGGCCUAUGGCUGGGUGAUGUUCGUCGCUGUCUUCCUCUGGCUGGUGACAAUCGUCCUCUUCAUCCUCUACCUGUUUCAGCUGCACAUGAAGUUGUACAUGGUUCCGUGGCCACUAGUGUUAAUGAUCUUUAACAUCAGCGCCACCGUUCUCUACAUCACCGCCUUCAUCGCCUGCUCUGCGGCAGUUGACCUGACAUCCCUGAGGGGCACCCGGCCUUAUAACCAGCGCGCGGCUGCCUCGUUCUUUGCGUGUUUGGUGAUGAUCGCCUAUGGAGUGAGUGCCUUCUUCAGCUACCAGGCCUGGCGAGGAGUAGGCAGCAAUGCGGCCACCAGUCAGAUGGCUGGCGGCUAUGCCUAAACCACCUGUGCCACGGCCCCCUCUGGGGCUGAAGCCGCCGCUGGGUCACAGAGCAGGGUCACCCUGCAAGCCUGAAGCUGGAGAGCCCUGCGUGGAGUCAGCCCAACAGGGACUGCAUUUGCUCCUCUCUGCCCGUCAGACAUAAGCUCUCACAGCGCUAAGGAAGCAGGCCCAGGCUGGCAGGCAUCUCGGCUUGCAGGAGGCCAACUGCUGAGACCUCUUCUCCAUCCCCCUUAUUCAGUGGAAGGUGACGGGGGAUCUGAGGCUGUGUCUCUGCCUUGUCUUUAGAGGACUUCAGCGUCCAAGACUGGGGCCCACCCUUCUCACCAGCACUAAAUGCACUAACAAGGACUCCAGACCUGCAGCCCCAGACCCGCCGUAGUAUAAGCCUAACAAGCAACACGUAGCACCUUAGUCUUUGUUCCAGGAGAGCUGAGCAAGCUCGUGAAACCACUCUCCUUCCUUUAAACACCGUUUCGACCAACCUCUCCCUGGAGCCAACCUAUAAAAAGUGGGUUGAUUGCUGACAGCAUGGUCUUCCCUCCCUGCAUUUCAGACAUACCAGUUACUGAAAGCAAAUCAGUUUUAAGUGAUUUCUCAAUGCUGAAAAGCCUGUCCAGGUUUCCUUCCCUUUCCCAAGCCUCUCUCUGUAAUACUCCCUUUGGGCGAAGCUAACAUCAGUGCCGACUGCCUCCCCGACCUUGCUGACUAGGCACAUGGGACGCAAAGGAGGGAGGGAAGCAAGGCCUUGCCUGGCGAGUUGUUAUGUGGUUGGUGGUGACUGUUUUAUUUUUUUUUUUAAUAAAAAUAAAGAUGAGAGAAAUUA